CUCGAACUCACAGGACGAAAAGCAACAUGGAGGGCUGAAUUCCAUAGAAGUGACAGAUUGAGAGCGGCUAUUGUUUGAUUGAUGGAGGCUUCCUUACAGCUAUACUCUCCUCUCUUCACACCCAUCUAUCCCCACAUCAAUUCACUCUCCCUACCGUUUCACCACAAACCCAGAAGAAAAUCUCUUCCACUUUUACCACGAUGCUGCUCCAGCGAGGCCACCAGCAAGAAGCUAGUGGGGUUCGUAGACUACGACAGAGGAGAACGACAAGUCUCACUGCACGUCAGCGGUUUCAGGAAGUCCGAUUUAUCCAAGCGCAACCGGUUGCGGGUCCAAGGUGACCGUUUUCAAAAGGAUUGGGCCAUUUCGGAUCUGGUUUUCAAGAUUUUAAAGCUCAAUCAAGGGGAAGAUAUCGAUGGUUUGCUUAAUCGAUGGGCUGGUAGAUUUGCACGCAAGAAUUACCCUGUCCUUAUCAAGGAAAUUAGCAGGACAGGUUCCAUUGAGCAUAGUAAUCAAGUUUUCAAGUGGAUGAAGAAUCAGAAGAAUUAUUGCGCAUGCAAUGAUAUAUACAACAUGAUGAUCAGGUUACAUGCAAGGCAUAAUCAAACAGAUCAGGCACGUGGCUUAUUCUUCGAGAUGCAAAAGUGGAGGUGCAAGCCAGAUGCUGAAACUUACAACGCCCUCAUAAGUGCACAUGGUCGAUCUGGCCAAUGGCGUUGGGCAACUAAUAUCAUGGAAGACAUGCUUCGUGCAGCUGUUCCUCCGACUAGGUCAACAUAUAACAAUCUAAUCCAUGCCUGUGGAUCCAGCGGAAAUUGGAGAGAGGCCCUGAAAGUUUCCAAGAGAAUGACGGAAAAUGGGGUUGGGCCUGAUCUUGUGACUCACAAUAUAGUUUUAUCUGCCUUCAAAACAGGGUCUCAGUAUUCGAAAGCACUCUCCUAUUUUGAAUUAAUGAAGGGAACAAAGAUUCGUCCUGAUACUACCACUUUAAAUAUCGUGAUCCAUUGCCUCGUGAAACUGGGACAAUUUGACAAAGCAAUUGAUAUUUUUCAUUCAAUGAGGGAGAAGAGAGCGCAAUGCAAUCCAGAUAUUGUGACCUUUACUAGCAUCAUUCAUUUGUAUUCAGUUUAUGGGCAAAUUGACAACUGCAAGGCUGUUUUCGACACAAUGAUUGCUGAAGGUCUUAAACCUAACAUUAUAUCUUAUAAUGCACUUUUAGGUGCGUAUGCUUCCCGUGGGAUGAGUGAAGAAGCAUUAUCGGUAUUUAAUGAUAUAAAGCGAACUGGAUAUCGCCCAGAUGUUGUAUCUUAUACAUCAUUGCUCAAUGCUUACGGAAGAUCACAGCAACCUGAAAAGGCCAUGGAAGUAUUUAACAUGAUGAAAAAGAAUAACCGGAAGCCAAACCUAGUCACUUACAAUGCACUGAUUGAUGCCUUUGGAUCCAACGGUCUCUUGCCAGAAGCUGUGGAUAUGCUCCAUGAAAUGGAAAGAAAUGGAGUGCAACCAAAUAUUGUUUCAGUUAGUACUUUGUUAGCCUGUUGUGGUCGCUACGGUCAAAAGGUGAAAAUUGAUUCCAUACUUGCUGCUGCUGAUUCACGAGGAAUUUAUUUGAAUACUGUUGCAUAUAAUUCUGCGAUAGGAAGUUAUAUGAACAACGGAGAAUAUGAUAAAGCAUUAGCUUUAUACAGGUCCAUGUGGGAAAAGAAGGUUAAACCUGAUUCAGUUACCUAUAACGUGCUAAUUAGUGGUUGUUCUAAAAUGUCAAAAUACACUGAAGCUCUUCAAUUUCUUGAUGAGAUGCUGGCUUUGAAAAUUCCUCUGUCCAAUGAGGUUUAUUCAUCUGCCAUUUCCGUUUAUAGCAAACAGGGCCAACUUUCCAAAGCGGAGUCCCUAUUCUCAACGAUGAAGAUGACAGAUGGUGGUCCUGAUGUUAUUACAUACACAACAAUGCUACAUGCAUAUAGUGCUGCAGAGAAAUGGGAUAAUGCAUUUGCAUUGUUCCAGGAAAUGAAAAUGAAUGGUGUCGAGCCAGAUCUUAUAGCUUGUUCAGCAUUGAUGAGGGCUUUUAAUAAAGGAAACCAACCUGCUAAAGUUCUUGUCAUAGCUGAAUUUAUGCUGGAGAGGAAGAUACUAAUGAAUGAUGCCAUCUACUUUGAGAUGUUGUCUGCCUGUAGUAUCCUACGAGAUUGGAGGAAGACAAUUGAACUAAUUGGAGUGAUGGAGCCAUCGUUCAAUGUAAUGUCCAUUGGACUUCUGAAUCAGCUUCUGCAUUCUAUUGGAAAAUUGGGGAAGACCGAGACCAUGAUGAAGAUAUUCUAUAAGAUAGUGGCAACGGGUGCUGAAAUUAACAACUCCACUUAUACGGUUUUGCUAAAGAAUCUUCUGGCUGCUGGAAAUUGGAGAAAGUACCUUGAGGUAAUGCAAUGGAUGGAGGAUUCUGGAGUUCAACCUUCCGUUGAAAUGUAUCAAAGCAUACUUGCCUUUGCACAGAGUAGUGGGCGUGAAUAUUCUGUUAUCAUACAAGAUAGAGUUGUUUCGUCAAAAAUUUCGAUGUGGGAUGAGCCCCAUCCUCGUCCGUCUUUAACUCUUUCCUCCUUUGAGAUGGAAGUGAGAAGUGAAUUCCAUCCCAUCCCACAUCGAGUUCUUGAGAAGAAAAACAUGAAUAUAAGUCGCAACAGAUGAGAUCAGGUAGGGUGAUGCUUUCUUCUUGUAGAGAACAGUGGCAGUUGCAAGCUUGUGGGUCCUUGAGAUUCAGCAGGAGUUGCCGAAAUCAGCUUAGUUAAACCAUAACCGUGAUCAUUUUGAUGAUGGAAGGUGAAAGUUUUGAACCUGUAUAAUAGCGUUCUUUACCCAUUGUAAAAUCAUGAAGGUGGGAGCAAUGACAGUAGGGUGCAUCCUCUUUGACAUGAUUAAUAGCGUCUAGGAUGCUAGACAGACUGAGGGUGUGUGCAGAGAAAAACGGAAGCCCAAGACACUGCUGUAAUGUGUCUGAGACCUACAUUGGUUGGCUGCAGCAUAAAAAGUCUUGUAAAUUUGUAUGUUUUGAAUAUUUGGAUAAUAUUGAUAGGAUUAUUUCUUUCGUAUUUCAAGGGAAUUUGUAAUUUGAUCACUCUCGUUAUGAGAUAUGAAAUUAAAAAACACACAUUAUUCGGAGGAGCAUGGGAAGUAAUUGAAUGAGGUAUAGAAACACAUUUGUCUACAGAUCUGCUGAUUCCUGC